UAUAUAUAUAUAUGCACUCUGAUAUUACCCAACCUAUCCUUCAGAUUUUCACAAUGGAGUUGAAGAGUAUACUAGGAUAUUUGCAGAACAAGACCAUCUUAGUAACCGGAGCCACUGGCUUCCUUGGAAUGGUAUUUGUGGAGAAAAUACUAAGGGUUCAACCAGAUGUGAAAAAGCUUUAUCUUCUUUUAAGAGCUUCGGACACCAAGUCAGCCACAGAUCGCAUGCAUAAUCAGAUAAUAGGGAAGGAGUUGUUUAGCGUUCUUAGAGAGAAAUGGGGUGCGGAGUUUGAUUCUUUCAUAGCAAAAAAAGUUGUGGCUGUACCAGGAGACGUAACUUUUGAUGACCUAGGAGUGAAAGAGUUCAAGUUGAGAGAAGACAUGUGCACUGACAUUGAAAUCAUACUUAACUCUGCAGGAACCACAAAUUUUGAUGAAAGAUAUGAUAUUGCACUGAGUGUCAAUACAUUUGGAGUUCAACACGUACUCAGCUUUGCAAAGAAAUGUCUAAAGCUAGAGAUGCUGCUCCACGUGUCAACUGCUUAUGUAUGUGGUGAAAGGGAUGGACUUAUACUAGAGGACUCAUCUUCAUUUGUGCUUGACUCAUCUUGCAUGGAUGAGAUGGAAAAGGAGAUCACUAAAUUUGAUUUCAAAGUGCAAGAGAAGAAUUUGGUGGAAGAGAAACUGAAUGAACUAAAAGCACAAAAUGCGACAGAAGAAGUUAUUACAACCACGAUGAAGGAUUUUGGCAUUGAAAGGGCUAAAUUGUAUGGAUGGCCAAACACGUACGUAUUCACAAAGGCAAUGGGAGAAAUACUUCUAAGACACUCAAAAGAUAAUCUAUCCGUCGUCAUCAUACGUCCUACUGUAGUCACCAGUACUUACAAAGAGCCAUUUCCAGGUUGGGUCCAAGGUUUCAGAACCAUUGAUAGCGUAAUUGCUGGUUAUUGUAAAGGAAAGGUGACAUGUUUGCUUGUGGAUCCUAUGUCAGUAUUUGAUAUGGUUCCUGUUGAUAUGGUGGUAAAUUCAAUAACUGUAGCAAUGGUGGCAAAUGCAAAUAAAUCGUCUAGUAUCAUUUACCAUGUGGGAAGUUCUAUGAGAAAUCCUAUCAAUUUCCUUAAUAUUCACAGUUUUAGCUUCCGAUACUUCACAAAAAAUCCAUGGAUUGACAAGGAUGGAAAGCCUGUCAAGGUUGGCAAGCUUAAAUUCUUCAAGACUAUGGCUACUUUUCGCAUGUAUAUGCAAAUUCGCUUCAUGCUACCUUUGGAGGGUUUAAAGUUCGUGAGCAAAGCAUUUGGCGAAUAUUUCCAAGAUCUGUAUGUCAACUAUAAUCAGAAACUCAAAUUGGUGAUGCGCUUGGUAGAGCUAUACGAGCCCUAUAUGCUAUUCAAGGGCAUCUUUGAUGACAACAAUGCCGAGGAUCUGCGAAGGAUAACAAGGGAGAGUUUCGUCGAAUCGGAAACUUUCAAUUUUGAUCCAAAAUGCAUUGAUUGGGAAGACUACAUUAUGCACACACACAUACCUGGCCUCCAGAAACAUGUUAUGUUGAAACGAUAAUGGAGAGGUUCACGCAUUAACUGUACUUGAACACAAUAUUCAUAUUGAAGUUUCUACAUGGAGUUGAGCUAAACGCUGUUAGUCUCUUUCUCACUCAAAAAUGAUUACUAGAGAAGAGGACGUGGACAGUUGUAUUGAAGAA